AUGGAUGUGAUAUCUUGUAUGUCAUAGAGAUAUCUAUGUGGAGGUUUUCCGUAUUUUUGCUUUGUUUGAAUACAUCUCUCUGCUCAUCAAUCAUUCCCCAGCAUGAUGUCACGGUCCGCCACACCUAUCAGACCUUGUUCCCAGCGUCGUCCGUCCCGCUCCCGUCGCAACCAGGCCGGUCGUCGCUUCUGUUCUCUCCCAUUAUGACCGUCUUGACCGUUCACCCUCACAUCAACAGGACGAUACAAUCACUGGGGGGUCUUAACAGGAAUGCAACGACAUGGAUCGAAUCAAUUCCCCUCCUCCAGAGCGGAUCAGUCCUCUGUAGCCAGCAAGAAGUCGCGAGCGAAGAAGGACGAUUACGGACCCGCUCGUGAAUACCUCCUAGAGAACCUACAAAAGGCCCGGGCACAAAAAGCAGAGCUCAAAGAAGCUCAAAAAGCCCAAAAAAAACGGAUGAAACACGAUGCCGAUCGACACCCACCCAACGCCCUCUCCCCAAUCACUUCGGGCUCCUCCAACGAUCGACCGCCAUCCCUUUCUUUUACACUUUCCUCCGCGUCCUCUGACCAAAGUUCACAGCGCUUCGCACAACUCCGCCGCCUGAUGUCAAUGACCUCGAUACGAAAUCGGGGGGGCGCGUUUCCGCGACACAUGGAUUUCAUAAACGACGAGAGUAUGAAAGGGAGUAUGGAGGUGGGUGUUGAGGAGAGAGAUGGCGAUACUGCGAGUGGGAGUGGGAGUGCGCAAUCUGUGCCCGUCGAUAGUGUGUUUGGUAGUUCGAGCACGGGGGAUGAUGCAGUUCCUUUGGAAGGGAUGGAAUCGGUUCGGGAGGAAGAGGAGGAGGUUGAAGAAGACGACACAGCAGGAUGGAAAUCAGGCGUGGAGCGUGAGUUUUC